CGGCCGUUGCGGCCGUUGCGGCCGUUGCGGCGCGGGGCCCCAUGUGGCGCACGCUGGCGCUCGCCUCCGCCUUCUUCCCGGGGCUCUUCGUCGUGUGCGUGCGGGCGCUGCGCCGCGCCGCCCCGGCAUGGAGCCUCAAGGACCGCGUCCUCCUCAGCGGCAGGUUGGUGUCGAUAGUCCAAGCUACGAUGGCAACGGUGUCUGGAAUCACGGUUGUCCUGAACUGCAAGAACGUGGUGUAUGACAGGCACUGGCUGGCCGUGGAGUACGUCUGGGUCCUCGUUCCCUACAUGACCUACGACAUUUACGUCAUGUACCUCUGCCACUGGCACAAGAGCAGGGACAGGGGCGUAGCGGAGAAAAAGCACUCGCUGGCCAGCGUGCGGAGCUUCCUGCUGCAGGAGCGGCUCAUGGUGACCCACCAUCUCUUCAUCCUCGUUGUGCUCACCCCCGUCACCCAGCACUUCAGGGGCGAGCUGGGAGACUUCUUUGUGGGGUGCAUCUUCACAGCAGAGCUGAGCACUCCUUUUGUAUCGCUGGGCAAAAUCCUCAUGCAGCUCAAAAUGCAGGACACGCUCCUGCACAAGGUGAACGGGAUCCUCAUCCUGGUGACUUUCUUCCUCUGCCGUAUUCUCCUCUUCCCAUUCAUGUAUGCGGCCUAUGGCAGGCAGAUGGGAAUUCCCAUUUACAUGGUGCCUUUCCGCAUCCCCCUGCACUGCAACAUCGCAAACGCCUCUCUCAUCGCCCCACAACUCUACUGGUUCAGGCUCAUCUGCCGCAAAGCCAUCCGACUCUACAGCAGCUCGCCCGCUGGCAAAAGCAGAUAACGGCUGGCAGGGGCAGCCGGGAGCGGGGCAGGAGCCCGGCAGCCUCCCCAGCUCUCCUGCCUCGAACACCAGCGCUGCCGGUACCGUCCUGGGAGCAGAGCAGCAGAAGUGCCGCUACCAGAAGGUGGUUUUAGUUGGAAGCAGCCCUGCCGUCUCCACUGCUGUGCUGGGCAGCGCCAGCCUCAGACAGGAAGACUUUCUUCCCAUCUUACUCCGGUGCCUCACAUCCUCCCACCCGUGGGAGGUCAGGAGCCAGCAAGGAGGAGGUUUUGUCCGAAAGAUGACAUUCCUGCUGGGAUUCAACACUGCGGCACUUGACUGACCAACGAGAGGGGGCUGUUACGAAAAGCCCCCCCGUCUUCGGGACCAACACUGCUGCCAGACGCAGGCAGCACAGCGCGAGCCACAGCCUGAAAGAGCCUGCAGAGCAGUCGGCAGCGUAGGCGAUGCUGGAGCACGCCCAGCCCCGAGCAGCAGCCCUGCGGGCUGGGGGAGCCUCGUGCUGUACCUGCUGCAGCUCUGAUUCACUCCUCCAGCUCUGACUUACAGCCUCCUGCUCAGAGCGGAGCCAGGCCCCUAAAACGUGGCGCCGUUCUGCGCAGCCUGCUCCUGAUCUUUUCCAACGCUGCCUUUACACUACAGCUGCAUUCGGCCUCUUACCUCCCACAUGCGCUUCUCACUGCUGCAAGGCUCAAACUCACUUACCAACUCUCCGUUUAGCCCGAAGGGGCGUUUCACUACAACUGCCUGGUGUCUGCAGCCAACGGUCCCGAGGGUAGGGGAGGCUCGGUGCUGCUAACACGGCUGGAGGAGGGAGGAGCUCACGGCAGGAUCAGAGAAAGGUUAUUCUGUCUUAGAGAGCAAUCCGGACAGGGCAGGGAGCCCGGCACCAACGGCGGGAGGAGGACGGGCGCUGUGCCCCCACCCUACCAACCCCUGGGGCGCCACGCAGAGCCCUUCAGGGGCAGGGGACGCUGCUUUCAACCGCCUACCCUAACGGCACUCGCACAGGGGCUGCUCGUAUCUGCCCCGCAUCCCCCACAGGGUAUUUGAAAGCCCACUGGCGUGCCCUGCCCCUGCUCUCCCUGCAGCCACACCAGCAGCACCCAGGUUACUGGCACAGCCUAAGGUGCAGGUGCAGGGUCCAUCCUCCUGCCCAGCCAUUCCCCUGCGACGAGGAAGAGCCCAGGGACCGCAGCCACUCUGUGCUUCUCAUUCUGUCUAAAAGCUGAAAAACGAUGGCUGGAAAGUGCUUCGCUCUGGAGACCUCUUUUCCUUUUCUGGUGACAGUUCCUGCUCCAGCCUCAGUUGUACAGAUUGCAAAGAAUAAAAUAAGACCUCUUCCAACACGCAGUCAUUUGUUGCAGAAACACUACUUCUUGUGUUAAAUCUAGAGACCAGCUGAUGUUACAAAACGCUUGCUAUCUCUUACAAAUAUUUGUAUCUUGCUGUUUAUAUUACAAAUAAUGUGCCUUAUGUAAAGAAAAGACAAAAAAGCCACUGAGGCAUUUCUGUUUGCAAUAACACUGCCCUAUUUACUACUGCACCUAUCGGAAGAGACCAAUAAAGACCUCUUUCCAGA